AUGAAGGAAUUGGAUCACAAUGAAGCUCUUCGGCUGUUUUGUUGGAAUACCUUCAAAAAUGAAGAACCUAACCAAGGUUUUGCAGAACUCACAGAAAAAUUUUUGCAUUAUGCUGGGGGCCUUCCAUUGGCUUUAAAAGUGCUGGGGUCAUAUUUACGUAAAAGAGAAGAAAUUAAAUUUUGGGAAGAUGCUCUAGAAAAGUACAAAAGAAUUCCUCCCGAUAAUAUUCAAGACAAGCUUAGAAUAAGCUAUGAUGGUUUGGAAGAAAGUGAAAAGAAAAUUUUCCUGGGCAUUGCAUGUUUCUUUGCAGGGAGGCGUAAAGAAUAUGUUACUAACAUACUUGAUGGUUGUUGUGGUUUCUUUCCCCAUGCUGAUAUUCAAAUACUAAGGGAGAAGUGUCUCAUAACUAUUGAUGAGUAUGACACAAUAAACAUGCAUGAUUUACUCAAAGUUAUGGGCAAAGAAAUUGUUCGUAAAGAGUCAAACAAAGAUCCUGGAAAAUGCACUUGGUUGUGGUUUCAUGAAGAUGUUCGUUAUGUACUUGAACAAAGUAAGGAAACAAACAAAAUUGAAGGCAUACUGAUAGACUUGCAUGAAAAGAAGGGUUUGAUACACUUGAGUCUAGGGGUGUAA